AUGUUGAAGACUAAGAAUUGUUUAGCUUUACGUCAUUUCGUAAAGAAAAAUAAUAUAGUGAAACACUUAUCCACUAGAUCUUUGUUAGUUCCAUUAAAACCAACGACGCAUAGACUACAGACGAUUCGUAAAUUCGCCAGCACCACCAGAAUAAGGAAUGAAACCGAAGAGCAAUUAAACCAUAAUAACGAAAUACCAUUCGAACGGUUAUCGGAAGAAGAACAAGCAACAUUGAAAGAUGAAAGAGCAGCAGAUUCUGUCGAUGUUUGUAUUGUUGGAGGAGGACCAGCUGGCUUAGUUACUGCCAUCAAAUUAAAAUUGCUUGAUAAUGAACAGGGCACAGGUGAGUUAAGAGUGGUAGUUUUGGAAAAAGCUGGUGAUUUCGGUGCACAUAUUGUUAGUGGUGCAGUUAUAGAGCCAAAGGCAUUAAAAGAAUUAUUUCCCGAUAGCGAAUUUUUGAAUGAAGAUGGAUCAGGAAUUCCAUUGCCCGAUGAUUUAGUUACCAUGGUAGAAAGUGAUACAAUGAAAUACUUGACCAACGAAUAUGCGUAUCCAAUGCCUGAACCACCUCAGUUGGUCAACCAUGGCAAGAACUAUAUUGUUUCAUUGAAUAAUGUAGUCAAAUUUUUAGCUGAAAAAGCUGAAGAGUUGGGUGUUGAAUUAUACCCUGGAAUUUCCGUAAGCGAGGUAAUCUAUAAUGAAAAAGGUGAUGCGAUCAAGGGUGUAGCUACAAAAGAUAUGGGAAUUUCAAAAACUGGAGCUCCUAAGGAUUCAUUUGAGAGAGGUAUGGAAUUUCACGCUCGAAUGACUGUACUCGGUGAAGGUUGUCAUGGUUCCUUAACAAAAGAAGUAAUCUCCAGAUAUAACUUAAGAGAAAACAGUGAACCUCAAACCUAUGGCUUAGGAAUCAAAGAAGUCUGGGAAGUCAAGCCAGAGAAUUUUGAAAAAGGUGCAGUAGCGCAUACUAUGGGUUAUCCAUUAUCAUCAGAUGUUUAUGGCGGUGGUUUUAUGUAUCAUUUUGGUGAUGGAUUAGUUACCGUAGGUUUGGUUGUUGGAUUGGAUUAUGCUAAUCCUUAUAUUUCACCGUAUCAAGAAUUUCAGAAGAUGAAAUUACAUCCAUUUUACUCGAACGUAUUAGAGGGUGGGAAAUGUCUAUCGUAUGCAGCUAGAGCCCUUAAUGAAGGUGGAUUUCAAUCUGUUCCACAGUUAUAUUUCCCAGGUGGAAUUUUAGUUGGUUGCUCAGCUGGUUUUGUUAACGUACCAAAGAUCAAAGGUACACAUACUGCCAUGAAAUCGGGUAUUCUAGCAGCAGAAACUAUUUUCAAUGAAGUAAAAUCUUUGGAUCCAGUUGAAGAAGGAACAUUAGAUGACGCUGAACCAAUAGUAUUGAAAUCAUACGAAGAAGCAUACGAAAAAUCGUGGAUCUACGAUGAAUUAAAUGAAGUCCGUAAUGUUCGUCCUUCAUUUAACGGUCCUUUAGGAUUCUUAGGUGGUUUAAUUCAUUCGGGUCUUUCAACUAUGUUUACAAGGGGACAUGAACCAUGGACUUUAAGUCAUCAUUCUACUGAUGCUGCGGCCACAAAGGAUGCAUCUAACUAUGAACCUAUUGAAUACCCUAAGCCUGAUGGUAAAAUAACUUUUGAUCUCUUAACUUCAGUAUCAAGAACAGGUACUUACCAUGAUGAUGAUGAACAAUGUCACUUGAGGAUUCCAGAUCAAGAUUACCGUAAACAUGCAAGCAUUUCUUAUCCAAAAUUUAAGGGCGUGGAGCAAAGAUUUUGUCCUGCAGGGGUCUAUGAGUAUACAGAAGAUGAAAAUGAACCGUUAGGUGUAAAAUUCCAAAUCAACAGUCAAAAUUGUAUUCAUUGCAAAACUUGCGAUAUUAAGGUUCCAACGCAAGAUAUAAACUGGACUGUUCCUGAAGGUGGUGGAGGUCCAAAAUAUUAUAUGACAUAA